UUUGCAUCAGCUGACUGCGUAGCUCGCCACAUGAGUCACACGAAGUUCUGGUUUAAGUCGCCGUUUUCUGUUUAAAAAUCAUCGGCCGUCAUGCUUAUGUUUUGUCCAACGUGUGGGAACGUGCUAAUAGUCGAGGAGGGACACAAGUGUUUGAGGUUCGCCUGCAACACUUGUCCCUACGUCCACAACAUCACCAGAAAGGUAAAUAAUAGGAAAUACCCGAAACUAAAGGAGGUGGACGAUGUUCUUGGAGGAGCGGCAGCUUGGGAGAAUGUGGACUCUACCGCGGAAACAUGCCCCAAAUGUGAGCACCCUCGAGCCUACUUCAUGCAGAUCCAGACUCGCUCUGCUGAUGAACCCAUGACCACUUUCUACAAAUGCUGCAACGCUCAGUGUGGACACCGAUGGAGAGAUUGACACGUGUGCCCUCCUGUAAAUAAUAUUUAUGUGUGCUGUUUGAUCUUUAGAGCGUUUUUGUGAACCAAAAGACCCAUAUAUUCUUGUAUUGUACAGUUCUUUAUUGAGGAGGCAAGUGCUUACUGAAAGAAGGUGAAAAUAAAUUCAUUUAAUCUGUGGUCAGUUCAAUGCGAUGUUCAUCUGUUCAUUUAUUUGUCCAUAAAAGUAAUAGAAUAUUACACUUGAAACGGGUUAAUCGGGAUUAGUUAAUUAAUCAUAAUCAACCCGUUAAAUAUUUUAAUCACAUUUAAUUGUUUUAAUUUAAUUGAACAGUUUGCUCUCCAGACAACACAGAACCUUUGUAAGUGCAGGAGUUCCUGCUCCACUGAUCACACUGAUGCACAAGACACGUUGCAGCUAGGAUGAGAACAACAACAACAAACAUGGAGGAAUCCCUGAACAAAAGCAAACAAAAGCAUCUGUUUGCUUUGGUUUGGGGAUGUUUUUCGCUACACAAUCACCAGGGUUUCCACUACCCUGAAUGUACUUGAAAUGCUGAUACAAAUAUUUUCAAGACAUUAAAAGAGCUUUUAUUUAAAUAAGGUGAUAUGAAAAACUUGAAUAUACCCACCAUUGUGAUUUAACCUGCUAUUGUCAAAGUGAUGCAAAAUAAACAAUGUUUUGUUGUUCAAACGUACCAAAUUCAAUUCGCUACUUAAAAAUCUGUGUUUUUAAAUGGUUUAUUCCUGAUGCGCUUCAUAACUUGAAUUGUUCCUCUUUGUCCACUAGAUAGCAGACGAG